AUGUUUGGUCGGGGUGCUAAAAUAUUAGCCUUGUUGAAAAAUGAUGACGAGCAAAAAGAGGAACAAUCAGAACAUACUCCAAUAGUGUCCGAACGCAUAGAGCAUGAAGAAAAUAAUACUGAAAUUCUUGAAGAUGAGAGUUCGAUGAUAAUGGACCAAGGAGGAUCCGAGAUGAACACUAACAAGCAGGCUGUGUCUGGCACUGAGGUGAUGGAACUUCAAAGUUGUUCAACAAUGAGUGGCCCGCUAGAUGUAUUAAUAAACAACAACGAUUUACAUCUUCCAAGCACCAGCACAUUUGUACAAUAUGAUGAUAAUUUCAGUGACUGUGAUGAUUCAAUUGCCGAUAAAAACUAUGAACCAAACAUGAGCGAUCUGUCCGAUGCUAGCUCAAAUUUUGAUAUUGAACAAGAAGCAGCUAAUCAAACUGAAACCGAAGAAAUUCAACAAGAACACCCUAAGAAAAAAUGCAGAUGGAAAAAAGCAACGCCUGAAAACUGGAAGCGACAAAAAAAUAGAAAACUACGAGAUGAAUGCUUACCGUACGAAAAUUCCAAAGGAAUUCUUCAAGUGGCUAAGCUACCAAAGCCAGUGGAUUGUUCAAAAUGCAAAUUAAAAUGCACCGAAAAAUUCUGUAUGGAAGAAAGAAAAUUGAUAUGUAGGAAAUAUUGGAUUUUGGCUUCGUAUGAGAGAAAAAAAGACUUUAUACUUUACAAUGUGACAAGUCAUGAGCCCUUAUCAAGACGCUUACGUAAAGAUAAUGCUAAAAGAAGGCAAAAUUCCAAAAAAUACUAUUUUAAUAAAGAUGGGGAGAAGUUACAGGUUUGUCAGAACUUCUUCAUGAAAACGCUAUGUAUUUCAAAUCGUGUAAUAUUGUCUGCCUUUGAAGGAAAAGAUGCAUUGGGCCAUUUUGGAAAUAAAGACAAAAGGGGAAGAAAAUCACCAUCCAAUAAAACAAAACCUGAGGUUAUUGCAAAAGUAAACGCCCACAUAGAAAGCUUUCCCGCUAUGGAGAGUCACUAUACCCGCAAAUCCAGCGAAAGGAAGUACUUGGACUGCAAUUUAACCAUCACAAAGAUGUAUGAAUUAUAUAAACAACAGCGCCAACAGGAUGGUGACACCGAUAUUGCUAGCCUAAUAACUUAUCGUAGAGUAUUCUGCAACAAUUACAAUUUAUCUUUUUUCCAUCCAAAAAAAGAUCAAUGUUUAAUUUGUUCAAGAUAUCAGCAAGCUAGUCCUGAGGAAAAACAACGCCUGAAGGAGGAUUAUGAACAGCAUUUAGGGAGAAAAAACGAAUCCCAGCAAGCUAAAGCAGCAGACAAGGAGAAGGCAAAAGUGGAUGAAUCGUUCAUGUCAGUAACAUUCGAUCUACAAAGUGUGCUGCAAAUUCCGUCAUCUGAGGUAUCACUGACGUAUUACAUGAGAAAGUUAACAAUGUACAAUUUCACCGUUUAUGAGGCAGCACCGCCAAAUAAAGCUUUUUGUUAUUGCUGGACCGAAAUAAACGGCAAAAAAGGAAGCUGCGAGAUAGGCACAUGCUUGUGGAAAUACAUCCAAACUUUGCCUCCAGAAGUAAAACAUUUAUCAUUGUUCUCCGACACUUGUGGCGGCCAGAACCGGAACCAGCAAAUAGCUGCUUUGCUACUCUAUGCGGUUCAAAAUUCUCACCUGGAAAUUAUCGAACAAAAGUUUCUGGAAAGCGGGCACUCAUUCAUGGAAGUUGACUCCAUGCAUAGUGCUAUAGAGCAGCAGAAAAAAUUUGUCUCCGUAUAUUGCGUCAACGAUUGGAUGAACAUUUUCAAAUUAGCUCGUUCUCAAAGAGGCAGGAAUAAAAACAAACCACCAUACGAAGUAGGUGAGAUAAAAUUUGACGAAUUUUUUGACCUUAAACAACUAGCCACUCAAUUAUUAAAAAAUAAAACAAUCGAUGAAAACGGACAGAAAAUUAACUGGCUUAAGGUUAAGAACUUCAAAUAUGUGAAAGAUAAGCCAAAUUACUUCCAGUACCGGUAUGACUAUAGUGGUGAGUAUGUCGGCAUCCAAAUCUCAACUACCCGACGUGGAAGAAGACCAGUCCAAGAUCAGCCGUGUAAAGAUGGCUUACCUAAACUAUAUCACGAAAGCCUAAAAAUUAGUAAUGCCAAAAAAAAAGACUUGUUAACGAUGUGCAAUAAGGGUGUAAUUCCUGAAAUCUUUCACCAGUUUUUCCAAGGUAUACAAUCUGAUAAUAAGACCGAAGACGAAGGAAAUCACGGAAACGAUGACACGAGAUGCUUCAUUCUAUCAACUUUGGCAUCACAAGGACGCUCUAAAGUUCACUGCAUCUUAUGCGAAGAACAGCUUCCAGUAUUCGACCGAUAUCCUCUAGUAGAUGGCACAUUCUUCCUCAGCCCAAGCCAACACUCUAAAUCCUGCAUAGAGGUGAAAGUCGAAGGACGCACCCAGUUUUUGACUGUUGUAUGCAUGGCGUGCCUAGAGGGCGUUAACGGCCGAAUUAUUUACUGCAGAUUCUGCAGGAAAAGAUGGGACGGGUCGUCGUUGAUGUUGGGCAGCAUGUAUUCCUAUGACAUAUUUGCUGCUAUGCCCUGCUGCAUCGAAAGAAUUAAAGUAUGUUUAUGA